AUCUGCAGAGCUGUCGACUCAAAGACGAGAUGUCGACACAAUAGUAAAAAGAAACCAUUCAUAUGAUUGGGAAAACAAACCUUCCUACUGUCAUUGUUACAGUGUCAUUACAAGUGGAGUGGCUUCUCCGACAAAACAUUACAUUGGCUUAUUCUGUUGGCUAUUUCAAGCCGUUCCUAUUUUCUGAGAGAAGAUUUGAACGCGAAAAUUGUUUCGUUUGCAUUUGAAAAUCCGCUCGAAAUACAAUGGAAGGUAGUGUGUGCCGCGUCUGUAUGAUAAGCUCCGAAGUAUUUGAGUACUGCAAUUUGGUGGAGAAAAAGAUUUUCAAAAAUAUUCGACUUUGCGACGCAUUCAAAUUAAUAACCGGCUUGAAUAUAUCUCCGGAUGACGAAUAUCCGAAAAUGAUUUGUUUCCGUUGCGAAGAACAGUUACAGAAUGCCUUCCAUUUCCGUCAACUGGCCGAGAGUUCAUCUAAACAUUUCGCUGCGAUUCACGUUAAAAACUCACCGCGCAUACUGAAUUCAUCACAGCAACGGAACGGUGUCGGUAAGUUACCGGCUACUGGAAAGCAAUGGAUCGAAAUCACUAAUCAGAACAGUCGAUACAUCGAUGUGACACUAAAGUCGGAAACGGCUAACGACGAAGAGAAGACAACAUCCACAUCGCCGGAUGUUUACAAUUACACGGUCAAUAUAAUCGGCGACGAUGGAAAUAUUGAAGUGAGACCUCGACGCACAACCGACAAUAAAUCUUCGUCGUCCGUCAACACGAAACGUUCAACGCCAACACUUAGUUCUGAGGUGAGUUCAGAUGUGGUUGAAAUCGCCUACGACAGUGACAACACUCCAGACGAACAGUGCGAUCGCGAUGCCAUUUCAUUUUUGCUGAACAACAAACAUCUGAAGCAGAACGACGAAGAUUCGAAAAGCGGUGCCUACAACAACCGGAAAUACGAGUGCACAGUUUGUACGAAAAAGUUCGUCGGUAAGUCGAACCUUGUCGAUCAUCUCAGAUACCAUGCGAACAUCCGCAACUACAAGUGCACCUUCUGCGACAAAUCUUUCGUUCAAAGUGGCAGCCUGAAAAGUCACCUCAGAACGCACACCGACGAAAAACCAUAUGUUUGCAGCUACUGCAACAAGGGAUUCGGACAGAAGAGCGCACUGACCGUCCACAUUAGGACGCACACGAAUGAGAGAAAAUUUGUCUGUGAUAGGUGUUCCAAGGCGUUCAUGACGACCGGCGAUUUGGUCAAGCACAAACUGAUCCACGAAUCGAUCAAAAAAUUCGCUUGUGAUGUGUGUGGCAUGAGAUCGGCCCAGAAGGUGAACAUAAAAAAGCAUCGACUGAAAGUGCACGGUCUUUCGGAGGGUAACGUUUUUCCAGUUGCAAUUCGUGCCAGUAACGAGGAAGAGAUCAUCAGCUAAUUACUCAUUGUAACUGGUGGAACAACCAUUAAAAGGAACAUUCAAUCGGAA